AUGGACUUAUACAUCACCGAUUCUCUUCAGGACAUGCUGGACAUGGACAUAAAGAAUGAAAUAGCUACAGAUUUGAGCAGCGUAACUGAUUUUUCUGAUUCGUUAGGAUUAAAUUUCUCGGAAAUGCCACCCUUACUAGACAUGGACACAGAUAACUCGGUCACGUGGCUCUGCAAUACAUCGUCCAGUUUUGUACAGAAUUUAGAUUUAUAUGGCUCCGAAGCGGACGCCGUGAUGGUCAAUCCCAACUCAGUGAUGCCAUCCACCUUCGCAGAAACCCCCGUAAAGAGUAUGGUGAAGGAGGAAGCGUCGAACCUACUAUUAACAUCAGUUGUGAAUAACGACUUAAAUACACGCACGUCACCCAGCCCAAACGAAGAAAAAAGCCACCUAACAUUCUCCCCAAACACAAUUAAAGUAAAGCAAGAGCCUGAAGACACAUCAAAGAAGCCCGACGACGCGCCGCAGAUGGUUAUCUACGUACGGAAACAAGACAAGAACGUCGUAAAGGACUUAUUAAAAGACUUAGAUACCAGCAAUGUCAAACUGAGCACGUCAUUAUCCCCCCUCACGCGAAUAAAAACAAAUCAGCCAGAAAUAAUCAAAGUCAACAAGAACUGUCCGAUAAUCAAUACUAGCGCAAAAAUUUCCCAACAGAUCGGCACUAAAACGAUAAUAUCGGGGAACAUACAUAUACUGGACACGCAACAAUCUAGGACAAUUAUAGCGAAUAAUAAGAGCCAGGCGGCGAUUUUAAUUGAAAAUUCAUUGAGCAAUAGGCAAAUAAUUAAAACCUCAGUGGGAGGCUCUUAUAUGGAUAGUCAAGCGAAAUAUGUAAAUACUAGUAAAAAUACCAUGAGCGAGUUUCCUAAGCCGGCGUAUUCCUACUCUUGCUUAAUAGCCAUGGCGCUGAAGAACUCCAGAACUGGCAGCUUGCCGGUUUCGGAGAUUUAUAACUUUAUGUGUCAACACUUUCCAUACUUCAAAACCGCACCAAACGGUUGGAAGAAUUCCGUGAGACAUAACUUAAGUUUGAAUAAAUGUUUCGAGAAAAUUGAAAAGCCUUCGAGUAACGGAAGUCAACGUAAAGGUUGUUUAUGGGCCAUGAAUCCAUCGAAAGUUGGCAAAAUGGACGAAGAAGUACAGAAGUGGUCUCGGAAGGAUCCUCAGGCUAUUAAGAAGGCCAUGGUUUAUCCCGAAAGCUUAGAAGCCCUAGAACGAGGCGAGAUGAAGUACUCCGGCUUCGGGAGUGACACGGAGGCGGAGGACGACGCUGACGUGGAUGUCGACCCGCUUCUUGACCCUGACCUCGAGAUUGAUCCUGAGGUCAAAGAGGAAGUGGACGACGAUACACUUGUGGAACAGGAGGUAUCGGAAGAAGAGUUGGAAGUAGAAGAAGUAGUGGAGGGCACGGGGAUGAUCGGAGGCACUUGCAGACUACUCGCCGCUGCCCCGCACUACUCCGACGAUUAUGAUCAGAUCGAGAUAUUAGAUCGAUCAUAUGAAGAAAUCGAGUUGGACGUGACGAAGCCCGUGAAAUUGGAUUUGUCUUUUGAGGAGGAUUAUUCGAUCCAACCAGCAAAAAAGGCAAAAAACAGUUUCAUCUACAAGCCAAUGGGUUCUCAAUCCCACACGAACAGACGAAAAACUCCACUCGUCAACAGAGUGGCUUUAGUUUAA